AUGGUUAGGACCAGAGGAUUAGGUCGUGCCUUAGGUCAAGUUACUGGCAAAGGUGUGGACAGAGGAGAUCAUAAUGAUUCCGAUGAUGCUCCGCAGCAUCGACAACCUAUUGCAUCUGCACGGAGGCAGCGAGUCAUUGUGACUGUAGUGCACGAUGAGCCAGUGAUCCCUGCGUCAGAUGUUCAGGAUGACCCAAUGGAGGCACCAGCUGCUGUAAAGGACAUUGUGGCAGACAUUCCUGCGAACACAGGCGCAGAGGCUGUUGAGGAUGAGCAUGAGGGAUUUCCGGGUGGUCCGAGCGACCCAUCUGUGUUGACCCAGUAUGCGGAUCACGUUGCUUGCAGCGUAUGGACGGGAGAGGAGCGUCCUAAAUGGAAGCUAUCCUCUCAUCGGAGGAAGGUCCAUAGUUUAGGCAGGCCUGUCCCUGCCAUUGAGGGACUUGUUGUUGGUACAGGACUAAGUCCUCUGAUCGCAUGUUCGGUAGACACCGGCAAUCGGGGACUUUUGUCCGUGUUUAUGGAGCGGUGGCUCCGAGAGACGUCUAGUUUCCAUCUCCCGCCCUUGCACGUGGAUGAUGUGGUUCAGAUGCUGGUGGACUUAUUGAUGGUCUCUGCAGAGUUUGCUAGGGUUGAGAUAGCCCAGUGCCGUGGACCGUACGUACGCCUGCAAUGGAGUGCAACCAAUGUCCAUGUUGUCUACUUGGAGGCCCUUCGUGACCUCAGUAUGACGGAGAGGUAUGCUUGGGGAGUGGCUGCUUUGUGCUGGAUUUAUGAGCACUUUUCGUCAGUCGCGGACUCCACUGCUGAUCGGGAGUACGACAAAGAUUCUCCGCUUGCGUGUAGGUGGAUUGCGACCAAGAAGACCGUGAAGAGCAUUCGUACGCCGGCAUACAGGGAGCGCCUGGACCGACUCUGGAUUUCAAAUGUCUGUUGGAUCCUUUAUGGGGAGCACCGGGAGGUUCGGGACUUCCACGUCAGAUCAUGCUAUUCCGGUCUCUUAUGCUGGGGGCCUGUUGCUGUUUAUUACCGACCGAAGAAGGUCGUGUGGCAGUUUGGAUACACACAUACCAUUCAUGCUCCUCCUGUCGAUUCAUGGUUCUCGUAUGAUGAUAUACACGACAGGUGGAUGCACUACGAGGAUCAUAUUGUUCCAGCAGGUGAGGUGUGCGUUGUGCUAGGCCAGUGUUCCAGUGACUACAUGGACUGGUUCUUCCGCAUCUUCCAUCCUUUCAUUACACUAGGCCACGCAUUAGAUCCUCUGCCUCAUGGUCACACCCCGCAGCCCCGAGUCAUCCCUCAGGCCCCGCAAACAGAUAUCCCUCACUUGUUGGAGCUAGGAGCAUCAUCGACAUCUGCAGAGGAGCCUAGACAUGCAAUGGAAGUUUGUGAUGACAUUGCUGAGAGGUUGGAGCGCCAUCUGAGUCUAGGGGUGGUCACGCCUGGCUCAUCGACACAUGAGGUGAUCGAAGAAUGCCUCAAGUUGGCCAGGAGUGUGACACAGGACCAUCUAGUAUAUGUUAGGUCUAGACGCAGGCGGUGCACGGAUCAAGCAUAG